AUGUUAUUUAGUAGAAAUCCAAGAUUUAGAACCCUUUCCAAAAUUUAUGGAUUCUUCAUAAUCAUUGGAUCUGGCACAACUCAUUGGUUCAAGGACAACUCAAAUUCACUAGCAAGCCAAGCUAAGUAUCAGUACAAAUUAUGGACUGAAAAUAAUUCUAUUUUGCAUCAAUGAAUGAAAGCUUAUCAAUCACCUCCGCGCUCAUUUAUUAAGACAGCAUCUCCAGACCUUCUAAAAGCACAAGAAGCUUCUAGACAGAAAUAUAUCAACAAACAUCAUUUAAUAGAUGAAGAAGAGUUUACAAGGAUGAAACUAUGGAACUCAUUUUGAAAAUAUGAUACUAAAAACUAG